GCGACCCGGCGUGUUGGCGGCCGCUCUGACUUGAGGAAGCUGCGCUGAGCACGUGGAGGGGAUCUUAAUUUUUGCGACUCUGCCCUCGCGACCCGCAUGUUCGAGGAGCCUGAGUGGGCCGAGGCGGCCCCAGUAGUCGCGGGCCUCAGUCCCGUAACCUCACGGCCCCGGCCAGCGGCAGCCGCGCAAAUCAAGGGCUCUAGGCGCCGCCAGCUCUUGGCCACCUUACGAGUUCUGGAAGCAGCGUCUCUUUCCCAGCAGUCCACCAGCUUCCCCAGCAGUGACUCUGAGGAGGAGGUAGAAAGAAAGAAGAAACACCCCAAAAGGUCCCCAUUUGCUAACACCUCUGCCAAAGUAGGGGAGAAAAGGAAAAAAUGUCAAAAACUGGGCCCAUCUCCAGGUGACUGUGAGGACCACAAAGUAGAAAAGAAGAAAUGCCGCAAACAAGCUCUUCUCUAUAGUGACUCUGCCAAAGAAGAGAAAAGAAAGAGAAAAUGCCCGGAACAGGCCCCUUCAAACCCAGCCCAGCACAAAGACAGUGUCGACCAAACAGGUCACAAAUCCUGGAAGAGUGGUACUACAAAUCCAGAGCCAAGCUCUGGAUCCAUUUCCACUAAGCCCCCCAAUCCCUUAACCCGGAAGCAGUGGCGGAACCGGCAGAAGAACAAGCGGAGACACAAGAACAAAUUUCGGCCACUCCAGGCACCAGAGGAGAUUUCCGCUGAGGCCUCCAAGGCUGCUACAGAGGAGUCAGAGGGGCCUCCUACCCGCAAGGCAGACAGUCAUGAAGCUCGGGCAGAGGCCCUGCGAGCCCGCAUGGCACAGCGGUUGGAUGGGGCCCGAUUUCGCUACCUUAAUGAGCAGCUGUAUUCAGGGCCCAGCAGUGCUGCACAGCGCCUUUUCCAGGAAGACCCUGAGGCUUUUCUCCUCUACCAUCGAGGCUUCCAGAGCCAAGUGAAGAAGUGGCCACUGCAGCCAGUAGACCGCAUCAUCAGGGAUCUUCGCCAGCGGCCUGCAUCUCUGGUAGUGGCUGACUUUGGCUGUGGGGAUUGCCGCCUAGCUUCAAGUAUCCGGAACCCUGUACACUGCUUUGACCUGGCCUCACUGGACCCCAGGGUCACUGUGUGUGACAUGGCCCAGGUGCCUCUGGAGGAUGAGUCUGUGGAUGUGGCUGUGUUUUGUCUUUCACUGAUGGGAACCAACAUCAGAGAUUUCCUGGAAGAGGCAAAUCGAGUGCUGAAGCCAGGGGGUCUCCUGAAAAUAGCUGAGGUCGGCAGCCGCUUUGAGGAUGUUCGGACCUUUCUGGGGGCUGUGACCAAGCUGGGCUUUAAGGUCAUCUCCAAGGACCUGACCAACAGCCACUUCUUCUUGUUUGAUUUUGAAAAGACAGGCCCCCCUCGGGUAGGGCCCAAGGCUCAGCUUGCAGGCUUGAAACUUCAGCCGUGUCUCUACAAGCGAAGGUGACCUCUAAACACCUCUUGAAAGUGGAAGCAGGGCCCAGACUCCAGGUUGAGAACUCUGAAGACUGUGUCUAGCCAGGCUGUGAGCCAGGACCUGGUACGACCUUUCCUCCGUCCCAAGAACGAGGUGUGAUGAAGCCCCUGGCUCAGCUGUGCUCCAGUGCAGGCGCCUUGGUUAGAAAGAAGCCUAAAGUCACUUGAGCAAGCUAAUGAGUAAGAAGGAACAGGGGGAUAACUGGGCAUCAUGGAUCACCUCAAAUGGUUUGCAGUUGAAGAGUCUUUGAGUUUGGCUCUUCUUUGCAUCUCUCAGAAGACACAUGGGCUUUUUGUCUUGGCCUCUCUGCUCUUCUGAUCUAUACUGAUCAGCCUCUGUUCACCUGUACCUCCUGCUCCUUCAGGUUCCUACUGCCCAGGCCUUCAAGACUGCAGACAGGCAGCUCUUGAUUCAUGGUAGUUCUAAUCCUAACUGCCCCUUACAGCUGAGAGCCAUUUAGUGUCUUAGUAUCACAUUCCUCAUUCGGAAAAUGAUAGAAUUCCUGUCUUACAGCAUUGUUGCGUGUGUUAUGUGAGGAAAUCUAUAGUCAGGGCUGGGAACAUGGGAGGUGCUCAAUAAACUAGCUGUGGAUAUUA